AGCAUUUUAUACGUCAAAACAAUCUGUAACAACUGAAGCGGCUGCACGUGCUAGUUUAUUUGAUUGCUAAAUAUUUUUUAAUUUUAAUAAAAAUGGUUAAGAAAAAAAUUGAUAAUCGAAUACGAGUAAUGAUUGAGAAUGGGGUGAAAUUAGGACAUCGUACUAUGUUUGUUAUUAUAGGCAACAAAGCUAGAGAUCAGGUACCUAUUUUGUAUGAUAUUUUAACGAAGUCAACAGUUAAGGCCCGACCUCCUGUACUUUGGUGUUAUAAAAACAAAGAUGAAGCCAUUUCAAAUCACGGAAAGAAACGGCUCAAAAAGAUUGCUGCUGGUAAAAUAGACAUUAAUGAUGCUGAUUUGUUUGACGUGUUUCGUGUGGCUACAGAAAUACAUGGUCGUUAUUACUCAGAUACACAUUCAGUUCUUGGGCGAACAUAUGGUGUUUGUAUACUCCAAGACUUUGAAGCUUUAACACCAAAUUUACUUGCUCGUACUGUGGAGACUGUUGAAGGCGGUGGUCUCAUCAUACUGCUACUUCAAACAAUGCAAUCAUUAAAACAAUUAUAUACCAUGAGCAUGGACGUGCAUAAACGUUUUCGCACCGACGCUCAUCAGACUAUAACUUGUCGAUUUAAUGAACGAUUAAUACUUUCAUUGGCAGAUUGUAAACGUUGUUUAGUCGUGAAUGAUGAUCUCUCUGUUUUGCCAAUCAGUUCUAGAACCAUAAAUGUUGAACCCGUUAAUCCUGUGACUAUUGGAAAAUCAGAACAAAAUGAGCUUUUAAAACAUCUUAAGGAUAGUUUACGUGAUACCCCACCUGCAGGGCCACUAGUAAAUUUGUGUAAAACUUACGAUCAAGCCAAAGCAGUCGCACAAUUUAUCGAAGCUCUUGCUGAGAAACAAAUAAAACCACCGACGACAUUAACUGCUGCACGCGGUCGUGGUAAAUCAGCGGCUCUGGGAUUGGCUAUUGCUGCCGCUGUGGCUUUUGGCUAUGUUAAUAUUUAUGUAACUUCACCGCAUCCAGAAAAUUUAAUUACAUUAUUUGAAUUUGUAUUUAAUGGAUUUGAUGCGCUUGAAUACCAGGAACAUGCUGACUACACGAUCAUACGGUCAACUAAUCCUGAAUAUAAAAAGGCAAUCAUACGCAUAAAUAUCACCCGUUCCAAUCGCCAAACAAUACAAUAUAUAGCACCAAAUGAUACGCAUUUAUUAAAUGCAGCAGAUUUACUUCUAAUUGAUGAAGCAGCUGCUAUACCAUUACCACUUGUAAAAAAAAUGAUUGGACCUUAUUUGAUAUUUAUGGCUUCCACAAUCAAUGGUUAUGAAGGUACUGGACGUUCCCUGAGUCUAAAGUUGAUAUCCCAAUUACAAAAGGAUAAUAAUGCACCUCCACCGGUAAACUACUUUGUUAUAAUGUAA